AUGACCAUCCCGACCCCAUCAAUCCUAACAACCCUAACCCGCCGCAAAGCAGGAACAAUAGCCCAAAUAACAAUCUCCCGACCCAACAAACUAAACGCCCUAAACAGUCCCCUCCUCGAGUUCCUCCCAACAACCAUCAAAAAAGUUACCAAAGAGACAACCGACCUCCUAGCCAUAAUCCUAACCGGCGCCGGACCCAAAUCCUUCGUCGGCGGCGCCGAUAUCGCCGAAAUGGCUCGGCUCGACUCACCACUCGCGGCACGGCAAUUUAUUACGAAGGUGCACAGGGCUUGUGCGAGUGUGCGCGAUGCCCCGGUUCCGGUUAUUGGGAGGAUUAAUGGGUUUGCGCUUGGUGCCGGGUGUGAACUUGCUGCUGCUUGUGAUUUGAGGGUUGCGGGGAGGAAUGCGGUUUUUGGGAUGCCGGAGGUUCGAGUCGGUAUUCCCAGUGUAGUUGAAGCUGCGCUUCUUCCUAAUUUGAUUGGAUGGGGUCGGACGAGGCAACUCCUCCUACUCGGGGAGAAUAUUGAUGCAGAUGAGGCGUUCCGUUGGGGUCUUGUUGAGAAGGUUGUUGAGCAGGAUGCUCUAGAUGAGGCUGUUGAAGGGUGGUUGGUGCAGUUGGAGAAGAAUGGGCCUCUCGCGGUACGCAGACAGAAGGCGCUCAUGAGGACUUGGGAGAAUGUUUCUCUGGACCAGGGUAUUCAGGCUGGUGUGACUGCGUUUGAGGAGUCGUUUGUGGCUACGGAUGGUGGGAUUACUGAGCCGGCCAGGAUGAUGGGUGCUUUUUUCCAGGGGAAGUAG